CUACCCUUUUCCUAAAAAGUCACAUAAAUUCACCAAUCAAAACAAACACAAACACACUGUCCAUUUCCAACUCAAAAACAGUCAAACAUCUAAUAAUCUCAUUGAUUCAGAUCGAACAAGAAAAUGGCGGAAUCUCAAACGUCACAAGAUGUUGUUCAUCCUCAUCCCUACGUUCCACGAGACUUGAAUCUUCCUGGCUACAUUCCUUGUUUCCUCUCUCAAUCAAACAUUCUCUCUAUCUAUGCCUCUUUCACUAUCAGCGUCUUUGCAGUCACAUGGAUCUUCUCAGGACGCCUCAAGAAAACAACAGUCGACAGGCUGCUAAUUUUCUGGUGGGCUUUCACAGGUCUCACACACUUCGUUCUUGAGGGUUACUUCGCUUUCACACCUGAGUUUUACAAAGAUAAUACUGGCUUCUACCUUGCUGAAGUUUGGAAGGAAUAUAGCAAAGGGGACUCAAGAUAUGCAGCAAGGGAUGCAGGGGUGGUCACUGUUGAAGGACUAACAGCAGUUUUGGAGGGUCCAGCUAGUCUUCUUGCAGUAUACGCAAUAGCUACCGGGAAACCAUACAGCUACAUUCUUCAAUUUGCAGUUUCUUUAGGUCAGCUUUAUGGAACUGCUGUAUAUUUUAUAACAGCGAUUUUGGAAGGCGAUAAUUUUUCUACAAAUUCAUUUUACUACUAUGCAUACUACAUUGGAGCAAAUUUCUCUUGGAUUGUAAUACCCUCGAUCAUCUGCAUACGGUGCUGGAGGAAGAUUGUUGCUGCAGUUCAAGUUCAAAACCAGACAAAAAAGACUAAAGUUCGUUGAUGCAGACUUUUCAGGGUAUCAUCAGUUUUGAUGAUCAUGGAGCAAAGAAUAAUGAUAACUAGGAUGGUUGAGAUAAAAGAGAAUGUUGUUAUGAAUUGUAUCAAUUGAUUCUUAUUAUCUGCAUAGCUUGAAAAAUACAAUUUAGACUUUUCAUUUUUAA